AUGCUGGGCACAGAGGUGGCAGCAGAGGCAGCCCGUGACCUGCCCAGUCCAGCUCCUGCCCCGGCGAGUGCCACGGACACCAAGCCGGCAGCUGCUGCCCCGGCCAGAGCUGCUGAGGAGGAGGAGCCCCAGGGGCCUCUGGCUCCUGUUGAGGAAGAGGCAGAAGCUUCUCCAGUCUUUGGAGAGCAGAUACCAUGGGCAGGGACACAGAGCCUGGUCCCUGCCCCACACAGCCCCUCAGAGGGCAGCGAGGCCCUGCUGGACACAAAACAGUACAUCACAUGUGAGAUCGUGAGGAAGCCUGAGCUUGUGAUCCAGGGAUCCAGCCAGGAGCCAGAGGAAGAGAGAAACCUGGAACAAACUACAGAUACAGAAAUGGUACCAUUAGUUACAGCAGAAAGGACAGAGAGCCCAGUCCCUGCCCCACACAGCCCCUAAGAGGGCAGCAAGGCCCUGCUGGACACAGACCAGUCCAUCACCCAUGAGAUCCUGAGCAAGCCUGAGCUUGAGAUCCAGGGAUCCAGCCAGGAGCCAGAGGAAGAGAGAAACCUGAAACAAACCAUGGAUACAGACACGGUAACAGUUCCAGCAAAAAGGACAGAGAGCCCAGUCCCUGCCCCACAAAGCCCCUGCUCCCCCAGCAGCCCCUCACCUUCCCAGGUGAAAGCCCAGGCCCUCAGCGAGCAGCAGGAGGGAGCAGGAGGGGACUCAGUCCUGGCAGUGCAAGACACUGACGAGGGACCCUUCCCUGGGGAGGGCAUAGGCUGGAAAUACUACGCUGACCAAGACAUUUCCCAGUGGGAAGAUGAGGGAGACCAAGAGUUGUCCCAAGAAGACGUCAACACAUACCAAGAAGUGUCCCAGUGGGAAGACUGCAUUGAGCAGGAGCUGUCCCCUGGAGAAGUCAAGAACUACCAGGAAUUGUCUCAUUGGGAAGAAUACGGCGAGGAAGAGGAGCCCCAAGGAGAAGUGAAGAGCUACCAAGAAGUGUCCAACUGGGAAGAAUACAGCGAGGAAGAGCUGUCCCACGGAGGAGUGAAGAGCUACCAAGAAGUGUCCAACUGGGAGGACUACAGUGAGGAAGAGCAGUCCCAAGGGGAAGGCAGUAGCUACCAAAAACUGCCUGACCAGGAAGAAUACAGUGAGGAAGAGCAGUCCCAAGAAGUCAAGAGGCACAAAGAACUGUCCAGCUGGGAGGACUCCAGUGAGGAAGAGCAAUGCCACGGAAAAGGAAGUAGCUCCUCAGAAGUGACCGACUUGGAAGAAUGCAGCAUGAAAGGGCAGCCCCAAAGAAAAUUCAGUAACUACCAAGAACUCCUGUCCGACUGGGAGGACUCCAUUGCCCAAGAGCUGGUCCAGGAUGAAGACUCCUUGGGCCAGGACUUUUCCGACUGGGAAGACUACACACCCUCCUGGCUCUCCCGAUGGGAAGAUGACAGUGACAGAGAGGCUGUCUCAGGCUGCUCCUGA